AUGUCUUCACAAUGGAGUGACCUUAACGUCAUGCUCUCUAGGGAAUUUAUCAUCCCAUCGAAUAGGGAUAUUGGAGCAAAAAUAUCAGAAGAAAAUGUUGAUCAGAGAUGCACUUAUCUUUGUGGAAACUCUCUUGGUCCAUUAACCAAACGAUCCAAGGCUCUUCUGCAACAGGAAUUAGAUGUACACUUUGAGCACCCUUAUGGCCGCGAGUGGAUGAAUAUUGCCGAUACAGUCACCCCCCUACUUGCUGAAUUGGUGGGUGCCUCAGAGAAGGAGGUGGCGUGCAUGGGCACUCUGACUGCGAACCUGCAUCUGAUGAUGGCCGCAUUUUACAAACCUACUACUCAACGUUUCAAGAUUCUAUGUGAAGGCAGGGCAUUUCCCUCGGAUCAGUACGCGUUUGCUUCCCAGGCUCGUGUGCACGGGUAUGACCCGAAUGAAGCAAUAAUCGAAAUGUGUCCUCGCCAAGGAGAGUUUACACUACGAGAGUCCGACAUCAUGGACUUGAUCGCUAAAGAAGGUCCCUCGAUUGCUCUAGUGAUUUUCAGCGGCGUGCAGUUUUACACUGGUCAAUUGUUUCCCAUGAAGGCUAUCACCACUGCAGCCAAGGCACAGGGUUGUGUUUGCGGCUGGGACCUCGCUCAUGCUAUCGGAAAUGUUCCCAUGGCACUUCACGACUGGGAUGUCGAUUUCGCUGUAUGGUGCUCAUACAAAUAUCUUAACUCGGGCCCCGGCGGAAUCGGCGGGCUUUUCGUGCACAAGAAAUGGGAAAACAGCUUACUACCACAGUAUGCAGGGUGGUGGGGACACGAUCCAGCCACCAGAUUUGCCAUGCCCCCUCGGUUUUCAGCUAUCCCUGGCGCGCAAGGAUUUCAGCAAUCCAAUCCCUCGGUCCUUGCAACCGUAUCGCUUUUGGGUUCUUUGCAGAUCUUCAAAGAAGUCGGCAUGAUGGGCCCCUUGCGCAAGCGAUCGCUUCGGUUGACUUCCGAACUGGAGAUGAGACUCAUGAAGUCAAGAUUUUAUGUCCCCAUCAAUGAGGUUUCGGCACAAUGCCUAUUACAGGAUGAGAUGAACGGCAAGGAUGGCACUGCCCAACAGGGCCAACCCGGAUUCACCAUCAUCACACCUCGUAAUCCCGACUCUCGGGGUUCACAGUUGUCGCUUCUAUUUCUACCGCCUAAUUCAGACGUGAUGGACAGGGUUUUUAGUGCAUUGUCUGCGAUGGGCGUUGUCGGGGAUGAGAGAAAACCCGACGUGAUUCGCUUAACACCCGCACCCCUGUACAACACACUAGGUGAUUGCGAGAGAGCUGCCUCGUGUCUUGAAGAAGCAUUCGAGGGUUUGGGUUUGACGAAAGCGAGAUUGUAACAAGGGUAGUUUCUGCGAGUGCAUUAUCAGGUUUAUGGAGGGACAUUGUCUAUAAU